UUAAAUAUUGCCCUUACACUUGUAUCUUUUGGAACAAAACGCAUGUUAAUUUUCGCUCCAAGAACGCGCCAAACUUCAACUAUAUACGUGGCUACAAAAAUAUGCAAUAAAAAAUAAGGGGUCUAAAUUAAAAAAUUUGAAGCGACCCUGACUUGACCUUAACGACUCCACAAAAAGUCUAACACCAGCCAGAUAUAUAUGACGAGCAUCUAAGCAUACUUUCUAUCAUUGCACAUUAUUCCAUAUAAUUCAAAAGCAAAUUAUUAUUUAAAUAUGACGAACAAGAUUCGGAGUGUCCUUUACGUUCUCAGUAUCAGUACCAUAAUCAACUCGUUACAUGGGCACCCAUACUACAGUAGUCUUCAUGGCAAUAGUAAUAACGGAUGGACGUUGCUAAAAUUACUAAGCUCAACUACUGAUUUCUUGAAGCAGAAUCGACAAUAUGUAGAACAAGAAUUACCGGAUAUGACACCCCAGUUUGGGGACAGAUACGAUUUUAUAGUGAUCGGCGCUGGUACAGCUGGAGCAACCAUAGCCGCAAGACUAAGCGAAGUGCCACAAAUUAAAGUACUGCUGAUCGAAGCUGGUUCCCGUGAAAACCUCUUUAUGGAUAUCCCAGUAUUCGCUAUCGUCCUCCAGACAAACAAUAAAAUAAAUUCGAACUAUCGGACCAAAUCAUCCAACAAGUACUGUCGGGGCAUGAAAAAUAAUAGUUGCCAUUGGUCGAGUGGAAAAGUAGUCGGUGGCAGUAGCGUGCUAAAUUUUAUGAUAGCAAGUAGAGGCGGCGCCGAAGAUUACGAUCGCUGGGCCGAGAUGGGAAACGAAGGCUGGGCAUAUCAGGACGUUCUCCAGUACUUCAAAAAACUGGAAACAAUGGAUAUUCCAGAGCUGAAAUCGGAUAUUGACUAUCAUGGUACCAAUGGACCAGUACAUAUCGCAUACCCGUCAUUUCAUACCCCGUUGGCAGAGGCAUUUCUAGAAGCUGGCAAGGAGCUAGGAUAUCCACUAGUAGAUUACAACGGAAAGAACAAAAUAGGAUUCUCAUAUCUGCAAAGCACAAUCAUGAAUGGCACUCGCAUAAGUAGCAAUAGGGCAUACUUGCAUCCCGUGCACGGUCGCACCAAUCUUCACUUGACUCGUGAGAGUACGGUGACAAAAGUGCUAAUCGAUCGUAUUACAAAUCGAGCCAUCGGCGUAGAAUUCGUCAAGAAUAACCAAAGAAUACGUGUGUUCGCGAACAAAGAAGUGAUUCUAUGUGCAGGUGCCAUUGGAUCACCGCAAUUAUUAAUGCUCUCCGGCAUCGGACCAGCGAAACAUCUUUCCGAACUAGGCAUAAACGUAAUUCAAGAUGCGCCAGUCGGCGAUAACCUCAUGGACCAUCCAGUCUUCUUUGGAUUGUCAUUUACAACAAACGCAGUGGUCAGUUUACAGUUCUUCGAUCUGAUAAAUCCUAUUAAUCCGCAUAUAUUGGACUUUAUAAUAAAUCGAACUGGAUUAUUUACGAUUCCGGGCGGGUGCGAGGCCCUCGGUUUCGUCAACACAAAACACCCAGAAAAAAAUAAUAAUUUACCAGACAUCGAAUUAUUAUUUACUGGUGGUACAACUAAAGAUAUUAUUUUCCCAAGGAUAUUGGAAUUUAAUGAUCCUAUAACUCAGGAAUGGGAUAAGUACAGUGGCAGCAAUGGCUGGACCGUUUUACCAAUACUGUUGAAACCUAAAAGUCGCGGUAGAAUAACAUUGUUAGCUAACGACGUUAAUGUUAAACCAGAGAUUGUGCCAAAUUAUUUCGAUGAUCCAGACGACGUCAGGACAAUGAUUGCUGGGAUUAGAACUGCAUUAAGUAUUGGUCGGACAAAGGCGAUGCAGGCGCUCGAUUCUCAGUUUUUAAACAUUACUUAUACUGAAUGCAACAAUUACGAAUAUGACUCCGACGUUUAUUGGGAAUGCGCAAUAAGGAUUCUCUCAACGACACUUUAUCACUACUGCGGCAGUUGUAAAAUGGGACCUAGGGGAGAUCCAACUGCUGUCGUCGAUCCCAAAUUAAAGGUUAUUGGCAUUGAAGGAUUACGAGUAGCAGAUGCGUCCAUUAUGCCCGAAAUUAUAUCGGCGCACAUAAACAUUCCUGUUUAUAUGAUCGCCGAAAAAACGGCAGAUAUGAUAAAAAAAGAUUGGGGUUACUUGGAAAAGUCAUAAUUAUAAUAAACUUUUAUGAAGUAAUUUUAUUAUUUUUUACUCACAUGCAUAUUUACUUUGUA